AUUCAAAAAAUGGGACGCGCUCCGCAUAGAAAGAAGAUACGCCCACGGCGCCCCAUAGGGCGUGUCGAGGAGCAGGAGGACUACGACCUGCUGACCGCCGAGGAGAUGUCGCAGUCGAUGCAGCGCUGGACCUACGACUGGCUGCGAUCCCCCGAUACGGAUUCGGACUCCGAGAUCGGAGCCUACCGUCGGUCAAAGUUUCAGGACUUGAGUGCCUACGGGGAGUGGCGGCUGCCGGACGGUAAGACCAGCUGGGACUUUCGUCAGAGCGCCAUCGACCUGAUGCUGAAGUUGAAGUCGGAGCCGUAUCCGGAAAUUUUCCGGCCGCCGCCCCUCUUGGUGGCCAAGGGCGCCACCAACCAGUUAUUCAAUCCUUUGCGGUACACCCCGAACCGCCGCCUCUUCACGGAGGCCCUGCCCUUGAUCUGCGCCCGGGUGAAGGAGCUGAUGGAGCCGCCAGAGUGCGAGGGUGCCGUGGGCUAUGACCAACGCUACUACGUGUCCUCCACCUUGGUCAAGUCGUUGUCGGCGCACCCGCGGCCCUGCCGCUACCCGCCCGAGGGCAACUUGCCGGGCGCGAACCAAUCCUGGAUGGAUGGGCGGCACUGCGCCCGGUUCUUCGUGGAGCUGCAGAAGCCCCUGGUGGACUACCAGCGUCUCAGGCGACUACCGUGGCGGCAUCGGCCGCAGUUGCGUCCCAACAAGCUGGCCAUUGGAUGCCGCCGCAAGGUCAAGAAGCCGCCCAGAACAUACCGACCCCUGCGGCCGCGGGCCAGGAUCAUCCUUGACGAGGAGACCGGCGAGGAGCCGCAGCAGUGGCUCGAAGAUGAGGAGGAGCCGGACCUCUACUUUGACCAUGACCUAGACCUAGAGCCGGUAUCGGCAGCCUCGGCAGACUAUGUCGAGUGCGAGCCGGACUUGGAGCCCAACUCGGAUGCUACCUUGCGCUCCUCCCCGCGCCUGUUGCGUACCCAGUCCGACAUUCUACUGGAGCUACCAAAGAGCGACGUUAUGCUAAGGUCCUGGCUUAGCCUGGAGAGCUUGAUCUAAGUCGGUUAAAAGAGCAAAACACCAUACGAUGAAGAACAAUUGUAGCAGCAACACAGGCAGCAGCUCAUCGAUCAGUUAAAAUUAAUAAAAUACUCAAUAAAUGCGCUCACAAAAA